AUGGCCACCGGAGAUGAGAACAGGCAACUCCCACGACUUCCUGCCUGUCAGUCAUGCUACACAAAGAAAGCCAAGUGUGACAAUGAGCGUCCAAAAUGCUCGCCAUGUAUGAGAAGCGGCCAGGCCUGUUUAACGGUGAGCCUGAACGGCAGCGAGCCAGUUUCUCGGGAGUAUAUAUUUGAGUUGGAACAAAAGGUUCUAAGCCUCCAAACCGGAGUCAUCGACAUAGAACCCUCGAUGCAUGAUACAGAGUAUCAUUCGCCAGAAGACUUCAGGAAUUUGGGGUCUAAGUUUCAGAAUAGCUCAGGCCGAGCCGUUGAACAUGGGAAUGAAAGUGACAGUGAUACGAGCCAGUCCCCGAAUUACACUGAGGGUGCUGGGAUCAGCUUUAUGAGUUUUCUCUUUACUGACCCUCGGUGGAGGGAGCAAAACCAGAAGCUGUUACACAACCUAUCCAAGAGAGCCACCAUCCUAGAAACAAGUGUGCAGCAGAAUAGUCUUCCAUCAGCUCAAGAAGCCUUGGUAGUGUUUAAUAGUUACUUGGGAACUUCCCAUGUCCAAAAUCCCUUUUUGCUGCGCCGAUACGUGCAAGGUCUAUAUCAAGCACUAUUCCCAGAAAAGCCGGAAGAUCAACAUGGACGUGCUAGUGGCAGUCAAGCAUCAGAGCACCAGCUAUUUCGGGCAUUCAUGAUACUUGCCAUUGGUGCUAUCCCACUUUACCGAAAUGGCAAGCACCAGUACCAUCCUUACGGCUACUUCCUUGCCGCGUUAAAACACCUCGAAGCUGGUUUCCUCCUCAGAGGCUUGGAGUCUAUCCAAGAUAUCUUGCUCGUAAGCAGAUUUGGCAUUUAUUAUCACAUUGGCACUUCGAUAUGGGAGUUAAUCCAAUUGAGUACCAGAAUGUGUAUUGAGCAGGGUCUGCAUAGGUGUCGUACUUCAAAAAGCUUAGAUGGCCAUCUGCUCGAGGAGCAAUUGCGGAGACGGGUCUUCUGGCAAUGUUACAUGUUGGACAGAUAUACCUCUGUGAUGCUGGACCGACCACCCGCCAUAUCCGACAAAGAUAUCCAGGUCGGGUUUCCUGCAGAUGCAGACGAUGAGGAGCUCGACCUCGCCGGACAGUCUGGGGUAUUUGCGGAUCUUGAUUCCUUCUAUCGGAUCAGCACGGCACAGCUGGGCUCCACCCACACGACCGAGACUUCUGUAUUCCUAGUAUGCCUCCGACUACGCCAGGUUACCUCAAAGAUCCAUACGAAAUUUCAGCAAAAGGCUAAAGGAACUGGUGAGCAAACCAUGUCACAGAUUGAUAUGGCAACAGCUAGUGGAAAAAUAUAUUCGGACCUCGAUGAGCUUCUAAACGAGCUAGACAGUUGGAGAGACUCUGCACCCAUCUUCACCAACCCAAAGUGCUUGUAUGAGAGGCAGGAGUGGUACGAUCUGCUCUUGAUGCGAGAGCGACUACUUAUCAUCCGCAAAGCGAUUGAUCUGGUGCCUAAACGAAACAACGUACCUCCGCGAGAUCUACUCAGCAUUUGUCUUGAAUAUUCCGUGGGGACCAUUUCUAGCUUUUGCGCAAUGUUUGACCAGGGGCUUGUGACAUACACCCGCAGUUACUUCCAAACCCUGUUUACCGCCGGGUUGUCUGUCAUGUUCUGUGUUUCAGUUGUAGAGGAUCUUGAUACCCAGACGAUUAAGAGUGCUUCCGAGGCAGUAAAGAAGGGCGAGAAAACGUUGAAACUGAUGGUUCAAAAACUCCCUGACUCGGUUCACUAUGUUGCUCUAUAUGAAGCAUUGCGCGCAGAUAUUCUACGCAAGACGAAGAGCCUCCAACGACCAGAAGCAGCGCAUACCGAGCAACAUAAUCAUUCAACAGCCAUAAACCAAGAUACAGAUAAUAUACAGUACCAACAACAUGGCAGUUUGAAUACUGGGAUCCCCGGUGUUCAUGAUCCACCCAUCCAGCAUAACCCGCUGUGGCCUAUUCUGACACCCGAUGAAACGGCGAAUGAAUUUCAAAUGCAUGAAGCAGCCAUGGAAAACCAACUAUUGUCAUGGGAUAUAUUUGGAGACAACGUCUUUUGGAGUAUGGAGGCUGGCAUGCUUGGGGAGUAUGUGUACGGAUCCUCAGCUGCGAGUCAAUUCCUUAACGAUAUAUAA